GUAGGAGAACGUCUCGGUCGUUUGGCCCUGGAAAAACAACAGGCAGUCGAGGAUGAGAACUAUGAGCGGGCAAAAUUGAAAAAGUUCCAGAUAACUGAACUUCGCACGAACCUGUACAAAGAUUUGGAUUUAAUCAAUUUGCUCUCUGAGAGUGCCCCAUUCGUGGAAAGUGUUCAACCGAGUGGGGACUGUAUUAUGCCACCGUUUCCCGAAGAAUCACUCGAGACAAAACAAAAGCUUGUUCGCCCGGACCCAAUUCGACUACAAGCACUUGCUGAGUUAUCCAUUCAGAGCUCCCUUAUUCAGUCUACCACAGAAACCAAUCAUCGACGGUCUCCAUCUCCUAAUAGGCGUCAUUCGAGUUCUCCUAGUCGACGCGGUACGUUGCAUCUGGUUGAUCCAGACGAACGUCCAUUACCUGCACUGUGUCGUUCGAACGUGAAUCAUUCACGUUCCGCUGUGUCGAAGGCAAGACCGCUGGAGCCAGAUGAUGAUAAAACUUCAUCUGACCCGACCUCUGUCGUAUCAUUUAAUCCCGUACAACCUUAUUCGGCGAAUGCGGCCGAUCGUUCCGUUCCGGUUCAACCGGCUGGUCAUGUCCUAACUCCUAUUGGGGACGAGGCAACUGAGGCGUUUGAAUCGGAAGAGUGGGAAGAUGAUGAAAAUCAACCGGAGGAUGGAGACCAAGUGUUUGGGCAUACUGAACCGACGGAUUCAAUCCAUACAGGACAAACAAACCAACCGGAACCGUUGAGCGAGUCCAAUCGACGUCAAGCCAGUGUGGCUAUCGAUGUGUUUGGUUUAGAUCUGGUUACUAUGGCUCUGAGCAAGCUUUGGACUUUUCGGGAAAAAUCUUUGCUCGAAAUCGAGAAACGUGUAACUGCUUCGCGGCUGCCACCGCCAGCUUCCUUGCCAGAUACAGCAGAGCCCGAUCCGCGGGCUGAAUUGCGUGCGACUACUUUCAUCCUGAAACGAGCCCUGGAUGAUCCUCCACUGGUCAUUGACUUUGUCGAGAGAUACGCAAUCCCACGACCAGAAUUGCACUAUGCGUUGGACAAACUACUCCCGGUUCUAUUUCGUCGUACCGGAGACACGGCUGUGCGUAUUCGUGAGGUGGCUAAGAAACAAAUUCUAGUCAUGGCUCAAUGGCCUCAGGUUGGUACCGAUUGUAAUGGUUUUUUGACUUCAGCGUUUUGUUGUACUCAAUUUACUUCUUCAAAUGAAUACGUUUCUUAUCCAAAGGGAAAAACUACAGUGACAAAAACCGCCGCUUGA